AUGGGUCGCCGAGCCAUCACGAAUCCAAAUAAGAUCGAGAGCGAGCGUGAACGGGCGAGAAAUCGCCGUUUCCUGAAGCGCCAAAUGCAACAAACGCUGGUUCGCGAGGAAUAUUCAGGCCAUAGUGGGGUUCGCAUGGUGGACCCUACACGCAAUUUGGUGUUGGUCAGGGACGUGUCGCGCCAU